AUGUCCCGGCGCAAACAGGCCAAGCCUCAGCAGCACGUCGCGCGGGCCGAGGAGGGAGAGGCGCCGGAGCACGUGCUCUUGAAAGGAGGUGGUGAUGAGGACAGUGGCAGCAGCGGGAGUGAGGAGACCCACGUCUGUGAGAAGUGCUGUGCUGAAUUCUUCAAGUGGUCAGAGUUGCUGGAGCACCAGAGAAAGUGUACAGAGGAGCCCCCUGUGCUGAUUGUGAAGGAGGACGAAGGAUUCCUUGUUCCUCAGGGAUCACCUCUGGAAUCCAUUGUAAGUGACCCUGCUGAAAUGGAGAACAUGGAUCAGGAACUAGAAUCGUCCGAGAAGGGACAGGAAACCCUCAGUGUUCCUGAUGUAGCAGGAGCGGACGAGCCCAUGGACACCAAUGAACUUGUGGAUAAAUCAACAAAUCCUAGCCCUCUUCAACCAGAUCCCAGUGAGAGCACUACCCUUCCAUCAUCUUUAUCCUCUUUAAGCGGCAACUAUGACAUUCCCAGCACAAAUGUGACCUUGGAGAUCCUCCAUAGCACCAGGGUGGCUGUUGCCCAGUUUUCUCAGAACAUCCCAGGUGAUGGAGCUGGAGGGAAGGUGAGCUCAGUGGCAAUACCCAUGAUUCUGGAACAGCUAAUGGCGUUACAGAGGCAGCAGGUCCACCAGUUGCAACUAAUCGAACAGAUUCGCAAUCAGGUUGCUGUAAUGAAUAGGCAACCUACACAAGCUGCACUAAACCCAGCCUCCAAAGGUCUACCCUCUGUCUCUUCCACUUACCCUUUUCAGGGAAUGCCCCCUCCUCCUGUACUUCCUUUGUCCGGAGUCAUGCCUUCCGCUGUGAAUGGUCAGGCAGCUGUAACCCAGACAUCCAUACUUGAGAGUCCACCAUUUCUGUCUUCACAGCCACUUGAUGAACAACCUAAUCCUAAAGGAACUGACAGUACCUCUGCUUCCUUAGCAAACCCAAAUCCUCCGCUGUCAACCUAUACUGGGGCAUCUUCGCUGUUGCCCUCCUGUAAUGGUGCUCUCUCCAGUUCUGGCCACACCCAACCUCUGAACUCUUCUGGCCCACUCUCAGUAUGCCAGAGCAGUGUCCUCAAUCCCUCUGCCAACCUUCCAUUGCUACCUCAAAGCCCUCCUAGUGGAGUAAUCUUCCCCAACCCACUUGCCAGCAUUGCAGCUACUACCAAUGCACUAGACCCACUUGCUGCUAUGAUGAAGCAUCGCAAGGCUAAAAUGCCCAGUGUCUCUAUAUUUGACACCAAGCCCAGCUCUGAUGACCCUUUCUUCAAGCACAAAUGCAGGUUCUGUGCCAAGGUGUUUGGCAGUGACAGUGCCUUGCAGAUCCACCUGCGUUCUCACACAGGUGAGAGACCUUUUAAAUGCAACAUAUGUGGCAACCGUUUCUCCACCAAGGGUAACCUGAAAGUUCACUUCCAACGGCACAAGGAUAAAUACCCUCAUGUUCAGAUGAACCCAUACCCAGUGCCAGAGUAUCUUGACAAUAUUCCGACCAGCUCUGGCAUUCCCUACGGAAUGUCUUUUCCUCCAGAGAAACCUGGGUCAGCAUGGUUAGACAGUAAGCCUGUUCUACCAACGUUACCUGCUACAGUGGGGCUACAGCUGCCCCCCACAGUUGCAAGUGUGGAAAACUUUGGUGAUUCUUUUAGUAAAGCACUCUCAGGAAGAUCUCCUCAAAGGCCCUCAUCUGCCAGGAAUGAAAGCGCACCUUUGUCUCCGAAUGCUACUGGUACUGAACCACUUACGCAGUCUGACAAUGAACCAGAUAUACUUAAGAUAACAGCACCCACCCCACAGUCAAGCAUGGAAGGAAAGACUGUGCCAGAAGAAUUUCACCUGCCCACAAAUUGUACAACCAGACAAGCAGAAAAUUUACAUCAGUCCAACACUGAAAAUCCCAACACUCCUCUAAAAUCAAUGUCAACUGGGAUACCUGCAAGAGGGGGUACACCAGACUCCACUGACUUUGUCACCUCAGUGAUGAAAUCUUCUACUCCUCCUCUGAUUUCAGACAGGUUUCCAUUUGGAGGAGUUCUAGACUCCAUGCAGACAUCAGAGACGUCAAAGCUCCAACAGCUUGUAGAGAACAUUGACAAAAAGAUGAUGGAUCCUAAUCAGUGUGUGAUCUGCCACCGUGUUCUCAGCUGUCAGAGUGCACUGAAGAUGCAUUAUCGCAUCCACACUGGAGAGAGGCCCUUCAAAUGUAAGGUUUGUGGUCGUGCCUUCACCACAAAGGGGAACCUGAAGACUCACUUUGGUGUGCACCGUGCAAAACCUCCUCUUCAGGUUCAGCACUCCUGUCCAAUUUGUCAGAAGAAGUUCACCAAUGCUGUCGUGCUGCAGCAGCACAUUCGCAUGCACAUGGGUGGCCAGAUUCCCAACAAUCUCCCAGCUCUGCCAACAGACGUUAUCCAGGAAAAAGAAAUGGACUUGACCUUUGACGAGAAGAGUUUUGACAACAUGAAUUACGAGGACGAUGGCCUUGAUGAUAUUUCAUGUGAAGAGGAAGGGGACAUUUUAGAAAACGGUGAAAACCCCCUUAACUCUUUCUCAGACAGCUCAUCACCGCUUUCACCAGUACCUCCUGCUGUAACCGAGUUUAAAAUGUCAGUCGGUGAGUCAACAGUCAGUCUCAACCAUUUAACUGGACACAGGUCAGCAAUGAGUGGCCUUUUGGACAACACUCAUCCUGCUAAUGGCUCACCUUCCAAAGGAGACUUUGAGAAUCAGAGUCCUCUCAUGCCAGAGGCAGCCAGCUUCAUUCAUAGACCUCUCUCUCCAGCAAAAGGCCAGCCUGAGGGACAUCAUGAUGAUCCAGCUUUGCUGAACAUCACUUCGCAUAACCAAGAGAAGGCUGCUACCAUUAAAUGUGAAUUGUUAGAUUCCCCAGCCUCAAACGGGGUGAAUGGAGCUGUCCUCGAUCAGAUCAAGUCUUCAGUCAAGAAAGAGAACAUUUACAAUUUGCAGUGUUUUAGCAAGGAGCAUGGAGCAACCCAGCGGUCUCCUGACUUGGAUUUUAACAGCAUACGGACCUCUGUCAAAAUGGAGCUGGAAGGCUUGAGUAGGCCGUACAUUGUGAAAGAAGGGCCUUAUCCUCCAUUUGGAUCCAUCCAGUCUUCACCUUCCCCGUCUGAAGCAACAAUCCCGGGCAUCACUUCGCUGCUUGGAACCCCACCACCUCGACGAACCCCCAAACAACACAACUGUAACGUGUGCGGGAAGAACUUCUCUUCAGCGAGCGCCCUGCAGAUCCACGAGCGCACACACACCGGUGAAAAGCCUUUUGCUUGCACCAUUUGUGGUCGAGCUUUCACAACAAAGGGCAACCUCAAGGUGCACAUGGGCACCCACAUGUGGAAUAACACUCCUGCGCGCAGAGGCAGGCGUCUGUCUGUGGAAAACCCGCUGGCUCUUCUGGGAGGCGAGGCUCUAAAAUUCAACGAAGUGUUUCAGAAGGACCUGGCAGUGAGGGCCAUGAACGUGGAUCAGAACUUCUGGAGUCGAUACGCUGCAGCCAUUAGCAGUGGCUUAGCCAUGAAGAACAAUGAAAUUUCCGUCAUUCAGAACGGUGGGGUACCUCAGCUUCCUGCCAUGACCGUGGCUAUGGACAAGUCCAGCACAGGCAGCAGCUCACCAAUCACAACCCUGGGAAAAACGAGCGUAGAUCUCGGGACCGGACGGCACUUUUCCAUGUUGAUUGAUGACAAUAAAGAGAUUAGGAUCAAUUAACGUUAAAAAAGAGGACAGGAAUAUUCUUAUAUGCAAAGAUGGACAAUAAAGUGGACUCUACAGUAUGGACUUCAGGGGGAAUUCCACCCAUUUUUCAAAAUUUCUUAGUAAUUCGAUCGUUAAAAUGUAAACAAAGUCA